AUGGCGGGCCGCCACCGCCGCCGCCGCCGCUCGGCCGGGCUGAAGCGGCCCCUGAUCGGCGUGCCGCGCCGAGCGGCACCGCCGCCGCCUCCUCAGGCCCCUCGGGAAAAGCCACCGCCGCCGCCGCCGGAGCUUCCCGCGGACGCGGCCCCGCUGACGGUCGCCGCGGCCCGCGAAGGCCGCGCGGCCCUGCUACUCCCCCCUCAGCAGACGCUGACGUUCACCGGCAAGUGUCGCCUGACGUGCCUGUAUGGCUCUGUGCGGGUUUUUGGAUUCAUGGUUGCUCCAGAUCAGCCCCCUUGCAACCUCUAUUCCCCCCACACCUACUGCGCCCUCACCAUUGAAGCUGCUGCCUGUAAGGAUCCGGAAAAAUCUGAGAAGGAGAUGAAGUUGGAGGCCAAGUCCAUCCUCCGGGCACACUUUGUACCCCAGGAGGCAAGAUGCAGACUGCUGAGAAGCUUCGUUCCCCACUGCUCCAUCGUUUUGCUGGAGCAGCUGGACACGCCGGUGACAAAGUUCGUUCUCAGCCACUCCGAUUUCUCCCAGAUCUUCAGAGCCAAAAGACAAGACGCUUCCCCUUUCAUCCCGGAAGAUACGGUGCUGGCUUCUGCUGGUCUUGGGGCGCUGGAUCCAGGCAGCGGCCUGCUCCUAUCCCAAAGCAUGCUUUCUGCCGUCGCAGAGCUAAUCCAGGCCUGCCAGGACGAAGAUGAAGGCUGUCCUGUUAUCCUAGUGUGUGGCCCCAAAAGUAUCGGGAAAUCAACAUUUAACAGAUACCUGAUCAAUCUUUUACUAAACAGCCUUCCCUGCCUUGAAUUCUUGGAAUGUGACCUGGGACAGCCUGAGUUCACCCCCCCGGGGAGCAUUUCCCUGGUUAACGUGACGGAACCCCUUUUGGGUCCGCCAUUCACACACCAGCGGCCCCCUCGAAAAAUGGCAUACUAUGGGGACAUCUCUUGUGAGCAUGAUACCGAGAGGUACCUCGACACGCUGAAAUACGUGUUUGGCGCCUACGAGAGAGACGUCCCUUUGGUGAUCAACACGAUGGGAUGGGUGAAAGGUGCCGGCUUGCUCCUCCUGAUCGACGUUAUUCGGUUGCUGUCGCCCAGUCACGUCGUUCAGAUCAACGCAGAGGACUUCAAAGACCUGCCUCAGCUUUCUGCUGACUACAUUCGGGACACCGCUGGCCUGCACACCAGAGGCAAACCGUCCCUCAAAAGGAAAAAUCCAGGGGAAAAUUGGGAACAGUGCCGGAGCCGAGGAAGCUCCCACACUCCUCAGUCUGGGCAUCAGUUGCUGUGUGUCCAGGCAAAGUUUCCGGGAGCAGGGGUCCCUGGCGUAGGGCGAGCGCACAGCAGUACCUUGCGGAGCAUUACCACUGUGGGAUACCUGGGCCAGCUGCAGCCUCCCGACGUGGAAUCCGUGCUCCCUCUGCCCAGCCUGGUGCCUUAUCAGGUGCCCUUCAGCGCAGUGGUCCUCAAGGUGAUCCAUGUCGAUGUGGCUCCACGUCACAUACUGUGUUCCCUCAAUGCCAGCUGGGUCGGCCUCUGUCACCUGCCAGGUGAGAUCCCCUGCAAAGGAGAGGGGCCUGUGGUGUUGACGCAGACGCCCAUCUGUGACUGCCUGGGCUUUGGAAUUGUCCGAGGGGUGGACAUGGCCAGGAAGCUUUAUUACGUCCUGACCCCAGUAGCUCCCGAGAACUUGCGACGUGUGAACUGUUUGCUGAUCGGGAACAUCGCGAUCCCCAACUGCAUCUUCCUGAACCAGGCCAGAACUGAUGGGGAGAUUCCAUACGUCACCUCAGCGUACAACUACGAAGUUUCCGGUGCUGGGAAAUUGAAAAUUAAGAAGCAUUUGCAGCGAAGGGAACACCGUGGCCCAUGAACUCCUUUUGAAGGACUUGUCUUCUCGACACAGUAGACCUUCCGUCGGCAAGCUGAUGCAGCGUUUCCCACCCUUGGCGAAGUUCUGAUCCCUGCUUCUGUUAUAAGUGUAUUUUCUUCACGGUUUUCAAAUUAAAACAUUUUCUAUAAACU